AUUGUUUCUUAUUUACACCGCACGAGGUCACUAAAGUCAAUUUGGGAUUUGCUCCUGACUUUGUAGAUCUUUAAGUAUAAAAAUAUGGAGGACUUCAUACCAACACGUGCUUCUUGUACCAAGGAAGACUAUGUCUCUGUACGUUAUAAUUACCCAAAGAAAAAAUCGACAUCAACAGAUGGUUUGGCUACUAAGCCAAAGUUUCCAAAGAAUGAUUCGACUGAUUCAGUAGUGGAAAAAACUUCAGCUGAACUAAAAAUAGAACAAGAAAAAGAAAUGAAAAAAGCACGAUAUGAUGUUAUUAAGUUUGCUAUGUCUGGUUUUGACAAAGUUAAAGCAAGAAAAACUAAAGAUGAGCUUGCCAUCAGUUUGGGUGCAAUUCCAUCCAAAAAUAAAAAGAUGAAUUAUAAGAAAUUGAAAGUAUGUCGAAAGAAGAUGAAUGAUGAAAAGAUGAAAAAGGAAGAACAUGUUUCAGGUUUCACCAGUAGCCUGAUCAAAUAUAAGCACAAAAAUCUUAAGCGCAAAAAAGUUCAUAAAAAGGACUCUGGUAUUCUAGGAGUUUACGGAAAAAUACCAAAGAGUUCUUUGCCUAAACAAUAAAGCUGAGCUUGCCAGCAAAUAUUUAAAAAUUGAGCAGAAAAAAGGAAAACAUCCAGAAUUCAAUUAAAAAGGAUUAUAACUGUAAUUAGGAAUAAAAAUUUUGUAUAUAUAUAGAUUUUUCUUUAAUUGUUAAGAAACUAAUUUUUGUGACAUUUCCAAAGUACAUAGAGGGACAUGAAGGAAGGAAGUGGAUGAAGAAAUAGAACCAUAUUUAUAACUGUAAACAUUUAAAAUAUUUUGUCGAUUCAUUGCUGUCUCUUGUUACAACAUCAACUAUCUAUAUCUAACAGUAACAUCUUUUCUGUGUGUUGUAUACUAUGUACGAAGAAUAACAAGUAAUAAAAUAAUAUUCUCAUA